UGCAAAAAAGAGUUUACAGACCUGAUGACUGAAAUGAUGGAUGUGACGAGUGAUCUUGUGGGAUCAGGGAUCCCUUUCUUGGAGUACCGCAUGUAUGCAGAGCGUAUCUUUUUCCCCGGACACCGAGAGUCUCCGCUUCGCAGAGACCUGGAUGUGCAGGAGUGUCGGCGGGCCACGGUGGAGCAGGGACUCAUUCAGUUAUCUAAUCUCCUAAACAGCAAACUCUUCCUCACAAAGUUUAUUCACACUCUUGAGAGCCAGAGGACAUUUUCACCCAGAGACAGAGGAUAUGUGGCUUCUUUGCUCACUGUGGCUCUUCACAGUAAGCUGGAGUACUUCACUGACAUCCUCAAAACAUUGCUGAAUGAUCUGGUGGAGCAGUACAUCGCCAAGAACCCUAAACUUAUGCUCCGGAGAACUGAGACGGUAGUGGAAAAGCUCCUGACUAACUGGAUAUCCAUCUGCCUAUAUGGCUUCUUAAGGCAUUCAGCUGGUGAGCCUCUGUACAUGCUCUUCAGAGCCAUUAAACACCAGGUGGAUAAAGGACCUGUGGAUGCAGUGACUGGCAAAGCCAAAUACACCUUAAAUGAUAACCGCUUGCUGAGAGAGGAUCUGGAGUACCGCACUCUGACGGUGAACGUUCUGAUGCAGGGAAUAGGCAUGAAUGAGGCUCAGCCGGUUGCUGCUAAAGUUUUAGAUUGUGACACUAUAACCCAAGUGAAGGAGAAGAUUCUAGACCAGGUGUACAAGGGCACCUCAUUCUCUCAUCGACCACAUACCGACUCUGUAGACCUGGAAUGGCGCUCUGGUGUAGCUGGUCAUCUAAUCCUGUCAGAUGAAGAUCUAACAUCUGUGGUUCAGGGCAACUGGAAACGUCUCAACACGCUCCAGCAUUAUAAGGUUCCAGAUGGUGCAACUGUUGCUUUAGUGCCACGCCACAGCAAACACAUUCACCAUGAUACCCACGAUUACAUCGCCGGGGAGAAGACGCCCAUGCUGGAGGAUGCAGAUGAAGGAGGAGUGAGGCUGUGGCAUCUGGUGAAGGCCAGCGAGGAGCCAGAGUUACCCAAACACAGACGAGGGAGUUUAAAAGAACGAGAACGAGCCAAGACCAUUCCAGAGAUUUAUCUCACGCGACUCCUGUCAAUGAAGGGUACACUGCAGAAGUUUGUGGAUGAUCUGUUCACAGUUAUUCUAAGCACUAGUCGACCGGUUCCUCUGGCAAUCAAAUAUUUCUUUGACUUGCUGGAUGAUCAGGCAGUCCGCCAUGGCAUUUCAGACUCUGAGACCAUUCACAUCUGGAAAACCAACAGUUUGCCUCUGCGGUUCUGGAUCAACAUUGUGAAGAACCCUCAGUUUAUCUUCGAUGUGCAGGUGUCUGAUAAUGUGGAUGCAGUUCUGUCAGUAAUUGCUCAGACAUUCAUGGACUCCUGUACUACCACAGAGCACAAGCUGGGCAGGGAUUCACCUAUUAAUAAGCUGCUGUAUGCUAGAGAUAUACCUCGCUACAAACAGAUGGUUGAACGAUAUUAUGCAGACAUCAAGCAGACAAUCUCUGCCAGCGAUCAGGAGAUGAACUCUGCUCUGGCUGAGCUCUCCAGGAAUUAUUCUGGAGAAUUAAAUUACUUGGUGGCCCUGCAUGAGCUCUAUAAGUACAUCAACAAAUACUAUGACCAGAUUAUCACGGCCUUGGAGGAAGACACCACUGCUCAGAAGAUGCAGCUUGGCUACCGGCUUCAACAGAUUGCCGCGGCUGUAGAAAAUAAAGUGACAGACUUGUGAUCAAGGACAAAGUCAAAGUGAAAGCAAUAAGUGCAAAGACACUCAUAGGGGUGACUGUGAACCCACGGUACAGGUACUUUAGGUACAGCAUCAGUUGCAAAUGUGUGGCAGAUUUCCACAAAGCUCAUGCUCCAUUCAUUUUGAUAUCUACUAACGGAGAUGAUUGAAACCAGAAGGGUGUAGAAUGUUGCAGUCUUUGAAUGUAGGAAUGGGAUGAUUUUAUUCAGAACUAUAUGGAUUACAGUAUUCCCAUUAGAGUUGGUCAGAUGUCCUUUUUCAUUUUUUUAUUAUAAACCUGGAUGCCUUGAGUUCAUGAAUCUACUCCCAGUGGACGUGUUUUUCUGCAGAAGAAAACAUAUAAGCUUUUUGCUUGGACAUGACUUUAUUACAGAACACUAUGAGAUGUUCUGUCCUCUGUCUACCUCUUCUUUCUGCAUCUGUCUGUGUGGUCUUGUUUCGCUAAUGUUCUUCUGCUCAGCGCAGCUAUAGAACGUUUGCUCUUGUUCACUGGGGGAAACAUUUGAAUGUGAUUUUAAGAUUUUGCUAAAACUGUCAAAGAAACAACCCCAACAAUGACUCGUUUUAAAUGUUUUAGAAUUUUUUUUUUUACUUUUUCAUAAUUAAUGUGUCACUGGAGAAAUAUUAAGCCAAGCAUACACUGUUCUCUGUUACAUAAGGCUCGUACACACCGGGAUGCUUUUUGUUUGCGUUUAUCAUCAGCGUUUUACGAGACGUUUUUCUGGGUUCAAACCCAAGCGAUUUUCACUGCCGUCGAGCAGAAGAGUAUGCAAAAUCACUCCUUGACAUUAGAUGGCGCUACACAAUUUUAAGCUUCUGACACCCGCUUGUAACACAGAAAAAGUUACUGGCAAUUCUAACAAGCAUGGAUGGCUCAAGUAGCAGCUCCAGCGAUGAAGAAAUCCAGUUGGUGAUGGUUGACAUUACUGGAGUUUUCCAGGAGAAAUAACAAAACGGGAGGGUGGCGGGAGAUGGAUCUGAAAUAAGGGAGACUCCCGAGAAAAACGGGAGUGUUGGCAGGUAUGUUAGUGCACUGGUGAACAAUAAUCAUUUCUUCAUCGCUAGAGCUGCUACUUGACCCAUCCAUGCUUGUUCGAAUCACCAGUAAAACUUUAACAACAAGCGUGUCAACUUUCUGUCUUCUGUGUUAGAAGUGGGUGUCAGAAACUUAAAGUUGUGUAGUGCCAUCUUGGGUUUGAAUCUGGAAAAACGUCUGAAAACGCUGACGAAAAACGCAAAAAAAAGUGUCCUGGUGUGUACGAGCCUUGAAGUGCCAUUAUUCACCAAGUCAGGUCAAAUCAUGUUCAGACACUUUUAAAUGUUUUUUUAAUCUUGUGGUGUCUUUUUAAGCUUUUUAGUCUUGUUUUUUUGUGCCAAUAUUGGGCUGAAUGGAUUAAUCGUCUCAUCCUCUAACAUUUCAUCAACAAGGCUUUUUGAAGACAGAUAACUGUAUGUAGGUACAUAUAAAAGAUAGUAUUGUAAAGUUUUAGCGUUCAUGUGGGAAAAUAAUGAUCUGUAUUGUAUGUAAAGUCAUGCUUAAUUAUAUUAGUGCUGGUCCACUGUAUAGGUAAAUGUGUUUCUCAGUCGCAGUUAACUUCUUUUAAUUUGAAGAGCAUUCUCAAACACUUAACGAUGGAAAUUUGAGAGAAAUAGUUUUUCAGUUGUCAAGAGGAAAGUUGUGACUGUGGUAUUUACCUUUUGUUUUUAGUACAGGGGCACCACGGGUGGGGUGGGGCGGAAUUUAGGACGAUUCUUAGACACUUAAUAGAGGGCUCAUACAUCCCCUUCUUCACUUUCAUCCGCGACUAUCCCCUGCUGCCAACCCCCCUCUUCAUUUUCAUCCGCAAUAGCCACCCCCCCCCCCCCCCCCUGUAUUAGUAUACUACAAUUUUGUAAAUAUUUCCUGUGUAUACUGAUUUCCUGUGUAGUGGUUUGGCAAGUUCAAAAAAGUAAAUUAUUUUAAAACUUGUAAACAGUUUAAAAGAGAUGUUUAACAAAAAAGCUUACAACUUUAACAUUAAGAAGAUUUAUAGAUUUUCAUUUCUGAAUGUAUGUGUAUUGUGAGAAUUCAAAUUUAAGAUAUGUUGUCUUUUUCAUAACAUCACAUGAACUAAAGUGGCAUUGUAUUUGGGCAUUCAAAGAUUAUGCAUCAGUUUA